AUGCUAUGUCCUAGGUCCAAGUAUCCCUUGGCCUGCUUGGCGAAGCUUAUGGAGGUCUAUGGGGAAGGGCUUGCUAUCAGUUAUGACAUCAGUUGUGAGCAUUCAAAGACAGUCGCUUGUACCGAAGAGCUACGUGUCCAUUACCUCAUUGGAGCUUUUCAUGGUUACACCCACAACUGGCAUUGUCAGCUAGGCUUCCACCCAUGGUUUCUAGGGACAGCUGGUCUAGAAGAGUUUGAGACUAAUGAGCACUUGUUCUCAAGGCAGAACCUUACUGCCCAUCUAUUCUGCUAUGCAUCAGCAUACCACUGA